AUGGCUUCGAGUAAUCAAGAUGAUCAAGUAAUUCCAGUUUCAACUGAUCAACAAGCUGCUGCUGCUGCUGCUUCAUCAUCCUCCGAACACAUUGAGGAAGUCGAUGAAGCCCAUGCCGGUGAAAGUGAUAGUUGGGAAACGGACGACGAAGGUGAUUUCUAUUCUGAGAGUGCACACGUUGAACAAUUCGACGAUGAUAACGAAGAUGAUGAAAGUUUUGCUGAUAUCGGUUUGGCUAAACAACUAAUCGAUUGUUAUCCAACAACAACUGCCGACAAAGUCUCUGCAGUCGGUAAACUAUGCGACAUUUGCUUGAAUGAAUACAAAGCAGAUGAUAAACUACGAACGAUUCCAUGUUUACAUCAAUUUCAUUACAAAUGUAUCGAUAAAUGGCUUAAGAAAAAUUCCAAAUGUCCAAUGUGUCGAAGUGACCUACGUAAAUCCGAAUGGUAUUCCGAAUAA